AUGACCCCCAAGACGACACAGCAUGAAGGGGCCCCAAUUCCACUUCCUGGACAAGUCAUCAGCGUCACGCUAUCUCUUGCAGCGACCACUGUUCUGACCCUGUUCCUAACGCAAAGAGUCCUCGUCAUCAAAGCCUGGAAGAGACUGCCACCGGUCGUUUGGUUGGUAUUUGCGAUUUAUGUCGACUCAUACGCUUUCGUCGUCGCCACUGCCGUCCUCCAGCACUCGAUCGGAGUCAAUUCGAGUUACGGCAUUUGUGAAGCGGCAAUCAUCCUUUGCCUCGUGUGCUAUGUCACUACAAAGUUCAUCUACCUCUUUCUUUCUGAAAAAGCUUACAUUAUUCGCGGUGCAACAGCGCCACGCCUGAGAUCCAAAUUAUACCUAGUCAAUUCGCUCGGCAUGCUCACCAUCUACGUCGCAGUCGUUAUACUCAACUUCGUCUUCCGUAUCACGGACAUGGAAGACGGGGAAUGCAUCAUCGGGAUGAAAACUGCGGCGAUGGUCCCUCUCAUAUCCUUCGAUACGGUCAUCAACGUCUACCUAACGAUUAUGUUUCUUAUACCUCUGAAGAGGCUCUACUCUUACACCAACAUGCCACGUACGCGAGCCAAUGUCCGUCUUCGCAUGGUAGCCUUCCGCACCUUUUGCGGAGCAGUCUGCACGCUCGUCAGCAGCAUUGUCAAUCUCUCCGUCCUGAUGGCCCUUAAUGGUGAGCCUGGUUGGGUGUGCUUGAUAUGCUGCAACUGUGACAUCCUCUUUUCAGCAAUUGUAAUCCAAUGGGUCACGUCAAGGGACAACGCCGGAACCAUGAGCAGCACCUCCUCU